AUGUCGGCCAAAGCCAUCUAUGAGUGCGAGGGCAAGCGCCUUCUCGCGCAAUGGCUGCCCGAAGGCACUCCCGGUCGUGACAACUUGUUGGUGGCCGACUUUGCACAUGGCUUCAACUGGGAAACCAUUGAAGCCGCUCAUCCCUUCCUCAGCAAAACUGAGCUCGUCGCCAAGCCUGAUCAACUGAUCAAGCGCCGUGGCAAGCUUGGUCUCGUCAAGGUCAAGCUCUCCCUCGAUCAAGCCAAGACGUGGGUCAAGGAGCACAUGGACAAGGAGAUUUCUAUUGGCAAGACCACCGGCAAGCUCAACCACUUUGUCAUUGAACCCUUUGUGGCCCACACUGACAGUGAUGAACACUAUCUUUGCAUCUUCGCUGGCCGCGAAGGCAACACGAUCAUGUUCUGCCACGAAGGAGGCGUAGAUGUUGGUGAUGUUGAUGCCAAGGCUGCCAAGCUCGUCCUGGACAUUGAUGAAAUGCCGACCGAGGAGAAAAUCAAGUCGACGCUCUUUGCCCAACUCCCCGCCGACCGUCAUGCCCUGAUUGCUACUUUUAUCGUCAACCUGUACAAAACUUUUCUCGACCUGCACUUUACCUAUUUGGAAAUUAACCCUAUUGUGGUCGUUGACAACGAACUCUACGUGCUCGACCUCGCCGCCAAACUCGACCAGACAGCCGAAUACCUUUGCAACGACAAAUGGGGCAACAUUUCCUUCCCCCCGCCUUUUGGUCGCGACGCACUCCCGGAAGAGGCUUACAUCGCUGAGCUCGAUUCCAAGUCCGGUGCUUCCCUCAAGCUCACCAUCCUCAACGCUGAAGGGCGCAUCUGGACCAUGGUGGCCGGUGGCGGUGCCUCGGUCGUGUACAGCGAUACAAUCUGUGAUCUGGGUGGUUCCACCGAACUGGCCAAUUACGGCGAAUAUUCGGGCGCUCCCAGUGAGUCACAGACCUUUGAGUACGCCAAGACCAUUCUGACGCUCAUGACGAAGCAAGCCCACCCAGAAGGCAAGGUGCUCAUCAUCGGAGGUGGCAUUGCCAACUUUACCAACGUGGCCUCCACCUUCAAGGGUAUCAUUCGUGCUUUGGAAGAUUUUGCUGCCAUCAUCAAGGAGCACAACAUUCGCAUUUUCGUGCGUCGUGGUGGCCCCAACUUUCAAGAGGGCCUCAAGCGCAUGCGCGACGCCGGUGAUCGUCUGGGCAUCCCCGUGGCCGUUUACGGUCCAGAAACUCACAUGACCGCCAUUGUCGGCAUGGGCCUUGGCACCCGCGAAGCCACCAUGCCUCGCACCGAAAGCUCCUUUUUUGAUGGCAUCUUGACGACAUCGUCUGGCACGGCAACGCCGCGCACCGAAUCGACCGCUGGCCAGCCCGUGAUGUCUUACGCGAGCGAAUCUGGCGACUACAAGCCCCUUUUUACCAACAAGACGCGCGCCCUCUUCUUCGGCAUGCAGCCUCGUGCCGCACAGGGCAUGCUUGACUUUGACUUUUGCUGUGGUCGCGAGGAGCCUUCCGUGGCCGGCAUGAUCUACCCCUUCAGCGGCAACCACUCGCAAAAGUUUUACUGGGGCAGCAAUGAGGUUUUGAUUCCCGUCUUCCAGCAAAUGGGUGAGGCCAUGGAGCGCCACCCAGACGUCGACGUCCUUAUCAACUUUGCCUCCUUCCGCUCAGCCUAUGAGAGCACUCUUGAGGCCCUUGAAUACCCUCAGAUCAAGGUGAUUGCCAUCAUCGCUGAAGGCAUCCCGGAGCACCUGACCCGCAAGUUGAUCAAGGUGGCCCAAGCCAAGGGCGUUACGAUCAUCGGUCCGGCCACUGUUGGUGGCAUCAAGCCUGGCUGCUUCAAGAUUGGCAACACUGGCGGCAUGAUUGACAACAUCAUCUCUUCCAAGCUGUAUCGCCCUGGCAGCGUGGCUUACGUCUCGCGCUCGGGUGGUAUGAGCAACGAGCUCAACAACAUUAUCAGCCGCAAUACCAAUGGUGUCUACGAAGGCGUGGCCAUUGGUGGCGAUCGCUAUCCAGGCUCGGUGUUCAUUGAUCACCUCUUCCGCUUCCAGGACGAUCCGGAAGUCAAGAUGAUGGUGUUGCUUGGUGAGGUUGGCGGAGUCGAGGAAUACGAGAUCUGUCGCGCCAUCGCAUCUGGGCGUUUGAAUAAGCCAAUUGUGGCGUGGUGCAUUGGCACGUGUGGCUCCAUGUUCACCUCAGAGGUGCAGUUUGGCCACGCUGGUGCCUGCGCCAACAGCGACAUGGAGACAGCUGUUGCUAAAAACAAAGCGCUCAAGGAGGCUGGAGCGAUUGUGCCUCCCAGCUUUGACUCGCUAGGCGAUGUUUUGAAGGAGACCUAUGAUCGCCUGGUUUCGGAUGGUGUCAUCGUGCCCAAGCCAGAGCCUCCGCCGCCUCGCGUCCCCAUCGACUACAAGUGGGCCCAGGAGCUGGGGCUGAUCCGCAAGCAAGCCAACUUCAUCUCGUCCAUCAGUGACGAACGCGGUGAAGAGCUUCUCUACGCUGGCAUGUCCAUCACAUCCGUCUUUCAGGAGGACAUUGGCAUGGGCGGCGUCAUCUCCCUGCUGUGGUUUCAGCGCCGCUUGCCCGCUGCGGCUUGCAAGUUUAUCGAAAUGAGCCUGAUGGUGACAGCCGAUCACGGUCCGGCAGUCUCUGGUGCCCACAAUACCAUUGUAGCUGCGCGUGCGGGCAAGGACUUGGUCUCGUCCAUCUGCUCGGGCCUGCUCACCAUUGGUGAUCGCUUUGGUGGUGCCUUGGACGGCGCGGCACGCAUGUUUUCUCAAGCCUAUGAUGCUGGGCAGAGCCCGCGCGAGUUUGUGACGGCCAUGCGCAAGCAGCACAAGCUCAUUAUGGGCAUUGGUCACAAGGUCAAGUCGGUCACCAACCCAGACAUGCGUGUGGUCAUCAUGCGCGACUUUGUCAAGAAGCACUUUGAGAAGACUCCCCUGCUCGACUAUGCCCUUGAGGUGGAGAAGGUCACGACGGCAAAGAAACCCAAUCUCAUCCUCAACGUCGAUGGUGUCAUCGCCGUGGCCUUUGUGGACCUGCUUCGUGAAUGUGGCGCCUUCACCCGCGAGGAGGCAAUCGAGUACAUUGAGAUGGGCUGUUUGAAUGCGUUGUUCGUCCUGGGCCGUACCACGGGUUUCAUUGGUCACUGGAUCGAUCAGAGGCGUUUGAAGCAGGGCCUCUACCGCCACCCAUGGGACGACAUUUCCUACGUGGCUGCCAAGCCCGUGAUGAUGUCUCGCAACGUUGAUGCCUAAAAACUUGUGCCUCCCAACUCUUCCCCGUCUCUUUAUUUGUCUGUCUGGCCGUUGGCAGUGGGUGUCUAUGAAUGAGUUUCGGUACCUUGCGUGCAAGCGCCUGGCUCUUGACAAGGUACUUGGACGGCCGCCCCGUGCUGAAUAAUCAGGUCCUCCCCAGGGCGUUGUGUUGUUGCUUGUAGUUGAUGGCUUGAAAACUAUG